AUGGGGGCAGAGGCUGAGUCUAGCUUGGGCGUCGCGGUGGCCGAGGAGGUGAAUAUAAACAUUCGAGGCUCAAACGGCUCUAAAUUCUCGGUGAAAACGAACCUCGAAUCAACGGUGGCGGAAUUUAAGGGUGUGUUGGCGCAGAACUGUGACGUGCCCGCUCAACAGCAGCGUUUGAUCUACAAAGGUCGGAUCUUGAAGGACGACCAAACCCUGGCUAGCUAUGGUUUGCAGGCAGAUCACACUGUUCAUAUGGUUCGUGGUUCUGCACCAGCAGCCUCUCCUCCCGAUUCUGUUCCCACCAAUGCUGGAAACACCAACACCAACAGUCCAGCUGUUUCUCCAGGUGGUGACCCAGUUCAUGGAGGCGCUGGGGUGGCCGGUACUGGUGCACCCUUAUUUCCAGGGCUUGGUUUGGGAGCAUUCGGGGGAACUGAAGCAUCAGGCUUAUUUGGUAGUGGACUUCCUGAAUUUGAACAGAUGCAGCAGCAACUCACUCAGAACCCGAACAUGAUGAGAGAUAUCAUGAACACGCCAGCUAUCCAAAGCUUAAUGAGCAACCCUGAGAUAAUGCGCAAUUUAAUUAUGAGUAACCCUCAGAUGCGUGAGAUAAUUGACAGGAAUCCUGAACUUGCCCACGUUCUUAAUGAUCCUAGUAUCCUUCGGCAAACAUUAGAAGCUGCAAGGAACCCUGAGUUGAUGCGUGAGAUGAUGCGGAACACAGACAGGGCAAUGAGUAACAUUGAAUCUUCUCCUGAGGGAUUCAACAUGCUGAGGCGCAUGUAUGAAAAUGUCCAAGAACCCUUCUUGAAUGCAACAACUGCAGGUGGUGGUGGUGGUACUGGAACUGGUGCUGGAACUAAUCCAUUUGCAGCUCUCUUGGGGAAUCAAGCUGGCGCCCAAACUAGAGAUGGGUUAAACUCAACUGCUGGACAUGAACCUGGGGCAACUGUGCCUAAUUCUAAUCCACUUCCCAAUCCGUGGAAUAAUACUGGAGGUUCUCAAACAAAUAAUACUAGGAGAACUAAUCCGACUGGCGAUGCCAGACCACCUUCAAUUGCUGGAUUGGGAGGUAUUGGUCUCCCGCAGUUGGAUCGUACAGGUAUGACUGAUCCCGCUGCAUUCAGUCAGUUAUUGCAAAAUCCAGCUGUGGCGCAGAUCACACAAAGCCUGCUUUCCAAUCCUCAGUACAUGGAACAGAUCCUGGGCCUUAAUCCUCAGCUUCGCAGCAUGCUUGAUACGAAUCCUCAAUUAAGAGAAAUGAUGCAAAACCCAGAUAUUCUUCGACAAUUGACCUCACCUGAGACAAUGCAGCAAAUGAUGACUUUGCAGCAACAACUUUCCCAACUUACUCGACAGCAGACACCGAAUGGAGCUGAGACUGGUCAAGGAGCACAAAACAACAUGGGUUUAGAGAUGCUGAUGAAUAUGUUUGGUGGGCUUGGAGCUGGCGGGUUUGCGGCUUCGAACAAUCUUAAUGUACCCCCAGAAGAGCUCUAUGCAAGCCAGCUGUCUCAGCUGCAAGAGAUGGGUUUUUACGACACUCAAGAGAAUAUCAGAGCCCUCCGUGCCACUUCAGGAAAUGUUCAUGCAGCUGUAGAACGUCUUUUGGGAAACCCGGGUGAAUAA